AUGACUGCCGUGCUUUCCACCUCGCGAGAGGAGCAUGCGCGCUUUUCGCCGGAUCCUCUGCGGUGUCCCAUCGCCCAAAGAUACUUCUUAGAUGGCCCCGAUAUCACCUCCGUCAAAUCUCCCAUCCCGGAAUACCCCCAAAGAGACUGUCCAAGUCCCAUUAUUUCUUCGGCUCCGUCGUCUGUCCCAUCCUCGCCUGAUCUCGCCCAAUCAACGGCCCAUCAUAUCCCCCCUUCGCCCACAACGCUCAGUAGUCUAUCCCUCAAUGCCAACGAUGAACAGGAUGAGGAAUCUGUGCUUCUUUCGGAUGGCACAAUCGAUUGUGUCCAGAAAGGUGACUGCUCUUCGGAGUGCUCAGCACGCUCGUUAGCGGACAUACAACGUUGGAGACUGCAGACACCGGCGGCAGAUGACCAUUCAAUCGAAGAAGAGCCUUCGAGGCACGUGGAUUACCUCUCCCAUGAAUGGAAGGAGGAGGACAUCUGGGCCUCUUGGCGUUAUGUGACCGGCCGCAGAAGAGUCUAUGACAACGGCGUGAGGUUGGAGAAUGCUUCUUGGAGAACUUGGGCCAAGAUGAGACUUGAACUGGGGACCGUGUCGCCCGAAGCCCUCAAUUGGCUGAAGGACUGUGAUGUGACGUGGCUGUACGGGCCGUUGAAGACAUUCUCGGCCGGAAAAAAGCCAACCACGUCGCCUCCUCCAAGCUGCUUUGAGACGCCCACUUUCUACGUGGACAAGAAGCCCAUAUUGAAAAAGAGGACUGCCUCUGAAACCAUCUUACAGCGCUCUUUGUCACAACACACUCUUUUACAACAUGCCGGGGCGAUCCUGAAGGCACAGGAGGCGGCCCUUAGCCGGAAUCGCCCCUCGGUGCACCAUUACGCCGCUAAGAUUGGGCCCGGCUUCAAGGCCUCCGAUGAAUUCUCCGUAGGCUCACUUGCGGACACCCCGACGAACACCUCGUCGGGGACUGGGUCACCCAGCGAGAGACGCCACAUUCAUUUUAACGACGAGGUCGUCCAAUGCAUCGCCGUCGAGGCCAAAGGAGAUGAGGACGAAAGUGAAUGGCAAACUCCGGUUGGAGAUGAAUUGGUUGCAGAAGAAGGGGUGGUUAUGAUGAAACAAAUAAUCCCGCAAGUCUCAGAUGCCGAGAAGAAUGCUCUUCGGACGAGUUCAUCGGGGGACAAUAAGACUAUUGCCCCUCUUCCUUCCACCACGUUGAAAUACCGUGGCGAUACCCCCGAGCCCCCCACGGGCUCGAUACUCGAUCGGUGGACCGGCCAUCUCUCAGCGUCAUCAUCGUCUUCUAGAGCCCUUCACUUCUCGGAUCCGUCGGCCGACUUUUUCUUGGAUGACGAGGACUCUGGUAACAACGACAAUGACUUGUAUCCGCACUGGGAGUCGAGCCAGCGCUCGUUUAAUUCAGCCGAUCAUAGUCGUCCUUGGUUUGUGAAUGCCGAAGACGAAGAAGAGCUGAGCAGGCAUGACCGGUCAUCAUUGCCUUCUGCUGACGAGAAUGAGCAGCCUGGUAUAGGUCUUGUCGACAGGAUCGUCGAUACUGUCAACACGGCCCGGGAUAUUGCCCAUGUCAUAUGGAAUGUCGGAUGGCGCCGAUGA